AUGCAAUGGACACUUUCACGGGCAGAUUUCCAUGCUUCCAGUGCAUGUCUGUCAUGGUUCAUUAACAUGUAUGGCAAAGAAGAUGGCAAUGGAAUCGAUUUGACAGGUUGGGAAGACCAGCCAGAGCCAGCUGACAUCUUCCAGUUAAUGCAUCCAUUCCAUUUAUAUAUGAGACAUCACUGGCCAAAGCAUGUUCAGGGAGCGGAGGAUUAUGAACAGACUUCGCUGUCGUCCCUUUUGAAAAUCUUUCUCGGGUCCCCGGAGGAAAGCAGCAAACAAUACCAAAAAUGGUAUGAAGUUACUGCAAACGAUCUACAAGAAAUCAUCACGGUGGCCGAUCUUCAAGGCAUUGACACAUACAAAUUCUACCUUGAGGUAGCGGGCUUCAAUGAAGAAGGGUUCGACACUUGCGACUUCAACCAAGCAUCACACCCGGAAUAUGGCGAGUUUGAAAGCGAGCUAGGCCCAUCCAAUGUUGCUAUCUUUGCAAUGUGUCACCUGGCAUUCUCUGCCAUUGUGUCUGACUGGUGGCAGGAUGCAGAGUUUGAUGCCUCACGCGUGAACCAAAGAGGCCACAAUCUCCUAAUACUCGCUGCUCGGCGUGGCUGUACGUCGAUUUGCAGAACCCUCAUCAAGAAAGGCGCAGAUGUGAACCAGCAGGUUGAUGGUAAAGACUACGGUAACCCUCUUCAAGCGGCAGCCCACCGGGGGCAUACUGAGACCGUCAAAUAUCUUCUGGAAGCAGGUGCAGAUACCGACAUACCCGAGGAUAAAGAGGAUGAAGAUUUCGAGCCAGUCGUGAUCCUCACUCCAGUUGCAUUAGCAGCUAAGAUUGAAAGCGCCGGUCUGCUCGAGAUUCUGGUGGAUGCUGGAGCAAACGCGAAUGUGUCCCAACAAUCUGGAAACCCCCUUUUCUUGGCAAUCCGAUCAGGCAAUAUUCAGGGCGCAAAGUACCUAAUUCAAGAGGCGAAGGUUGAUGCGAACCUGCCAAUCUCGGAUUCAAGCUUCUGCGCUUACCUCCAGGUGGCCGCAACUGAGAACAACAACUUUGAGAUCGUCAAAUGUUUAGUCGAAGCCGGCGCAGAAGUGAAUUCAUUAGAGUGUGGAGACAUGGGUCUUCCUCUCGCAGCUGCAGUAUACGGAAGCAGCAAUGGAAGCAAUAUUGAUAUCUUAAAGUACCUCAUCGAGGCAGGUGCAGAUAUUCACAAAGGCAAUGACGGCAAACACCUCGUCCGCCUGGCAGUAUCGGCCCAAGACAUCGAAGUUGUCAAAUUCCUUGUUGAAGCAGGUGCAGAGUUGCAUGUGCAAGAGGAAUCCAACGCGGCGAUCAGGUCCCAAUUCCUCGAAGGUGUCAGGUACAUGAUUCAGAAGGGUACCGACGUGAACCAACCGCUGCUCGAUGAUCGUUAUGGCACGGUACUUGAGUACAAGUCAGCAGAGGACAGAACUCUUGAAAUUACCAAGAGUUUAGUGGAAGGAGGAGCAGACGUGAAUUUGAUCUCUGAGAAUGGAAAAUAUGGCAGUCCUCUUGCAGCGGCCUGUAGUUCAUUCUUGGGCGGUGAUGUUGAUACCAUCAAGUACUUGAUCGAAAAUGGGGCUGAUGUCAACCUACCAAUACGGCAUGGUAGAUAUGGCAACGCUCUCACCGCGGCUGUGGCAAAUAGCUACAAUAUUGCAGCUGUCCAGUGUCUGGUGGAGGCAGGUGCAGAUGUGAAUAUGUCGCUUCAGCAUGGAGAUUAUGGAAGUGCUCUCGCUGCUGCCGCGGCGGUCGAACACAAUUUCGAUGCUGUGAAGUACCUGGUGGAGGCAGGUGCUGAUGUGAAUGUUGUAUUCGAAAACAGAACACACGAUAGUGCUCUUGCCGCAGCUGUUGCAUCCGAACACAGCAUCGACGCAGUCGAGUUAUUGUUGCAAGCACAACCGGAUGUGAUUUCGCCACUUAAGCAGGGAGUGUUUGGUAGUGUUCUUGCUGCUGCUUCAUAUCAAGGUGACCUUGAAAUUGUUCAAUUAUUGGUUAAAGCAGGGGCUUAUGUGAACAUGUCACUCGAACAUGGAGAAUAUCCCAAUGCACUUGCAGCAGCCAAGGCCCAAGAUGACAAUGACGAAGUAAUUAAGGUGCUUCUGGAAUAUGGAGCAAAAGUUUGA